AUGCCUCCAAAGAAGCGUCAGGCUCCCGCGACACCCGAAACCUCGGGCCGCAGGCGGUCCGGGCGAAUUAGCUCUUCGGGCAAGAAGAGCGUAUACUUUGAGGCCGAUUCGGAUGAUGAGCUUGGCGAUGACCAGACCUACCACACACCGAAGCGCAUCAAGUCAGGCGGCAGCCGCCGCACAUCUGCCGUCAAACGUGCCAAGGUCGAGGAGUCUGAAGAGGACGCCUAUCAAGACGAAGAGUCAGAUGACAAUGGAGGAGAAGAAUCAGAAUCGGAUGAGUACCACAGUGCACAGGAGGAACAAGAAGUGAAGAUCAAGAAGAAGAGAAAAUCCCAAGUCAGUAAUGGUGACGUUGAGGACGAGGACGAGGACGAGGACGGCGAUGAUGAUGGUCCUCAGGUGACCUUCAUACCGCAUAAGCAGCUGAGAGACCUGGAUGGUGUCGACUACGAGGAUGGGAGGAUACACAAGAACACGCUGCUCUUUCUCAGAGACCUGAGAGCUAACAAUCUGAGAUCUUGGCUCAAGUCCAACGAUAAAGAAUACCGACGAUCCUUGACCGACUGGAACUCAUAUGUCGAGGCUCUGACAGAAAAGAUCAUCGAGGCUGAUGAGACCGUCCCCGAACUUCCAGUCAAAGACGUCAUCUUCCGGAUCUACAGAGACAUUCGGUUCAGCAAGGAUCCCACCCCAUACAAGGUCUGUGAGAACCCCCCCCCCGCCAUUCAUAUCAGGGGUGGUUUGGCUGACUCUAUGCAGGCGCACUAUUCGGCAGCCUGGUCUCGGACAGGGCGGAAGGGGCCCUAUGCAUGCUACUACGUGCACUGCGAGCCUGGCAAGUCUUUUAUCGGUGGGGGCCUCUGGCAUCCAGAUGCCGGCCAGCUGCACAAGCUGCGUGCGAGCAUCGAUGAACGACCGCAGAGAUGGCGCCGUGCACUCAUGGACGACAACUUCCGCCGCACGUUCUUGCCAAAGGCCAAGAACGACGAGAAGUCUGUGAUCAAGGCGUUCACCGAGUCCAACAAGGAGUCGGCGCUCAAGACGAAACCCAAGGUUAGCAUUCCUGUCUGCGUCUGGGGCUUCCCUGCCGAGCAUCGGGAUAUCGAGCUGCUCAAGCUGAGAAACUUUACUUUUGGCAAAAAGGUGCCCGAUUCCAUCUUUACCGAUGAGGAUAGUUUGGACAAAGUCUCCGAGAUCAUCGGUGCCAUGGUUGGUUUUGUCACACAUUUGAACAAGGUUGUUAUGCCCGACCCUGGUGACGAUUCAGACUCGGACGAGGAGUGA